AUGCCGAUGUACGCCUGUCCUCACCUCAAUACUUGUGGUGAUGUCAAAUACAACAAGAAGGCCUGUCACAGUCAUUCUCGUCUCAGCGCUACUGCAGUAAAAAGACAUACCUUGAAUGAAAAAAUUCAUGGAAACUGUGGACCCGAUUGUCCUGCAUACGGACUCGAUGGUAAGGGUAAUUGA